GCCGCACCGCCCACCUCCUGGCCGUCCCACUGAGCCCUUGAGAGCGUUGCUGACCGGGCCCGGCGUGCUCACGCCGCGCACCGCCCAUUCAAGGCGGGGCGGGCGAGACCCCUCUGAGUUGCGCUGGGCGGGGCCGGUGGGAGGGCCUCGGCCGCGCGGGCUGUUUUCUCAGAUCGUCGCUGGCGCGCGGGGCUGACUGAUUCAGGGUCUACACAAGCGCCGCGCCCACCUCGGCAGGCGAUGAGUGGCUCGGGGGACGAGGCCCCGCGGGCCGGCGCGGGGGGAACCGGGGACCGCGCGGCGCCCGAGCCCCCUGGCGGCAUGCUGAGCCUGGACGUGCUGGGGCUGCUAGCGCAGUUGGCGCGCAGCUUCGCGCUGCUGCUGCCGGUGUACGCGCUCGGCUACCUGGGGUUGAGCUUCAGCUGGGUGCUGCUGGCGCUCGGGUUGCUCGCCUGGUGCCGCCGCAGCCGCGGCCUGAAGGCCAGCCGCCUGUGCCGCGCCCUGGCGCUGCUGGAAGACGAAGAGCGCGCCGUGCGCCUGGGGGUGCGCGCCUGCGACCUGCCGGCGUGGGUUCAUUUUCCAGACACUGAAAGAGCAGAAUGGCUAAAUAAGACUGUAAAGCACAUGUGGCCUUUUAUUUGCCAAUUUAUAGAGAAGCUGUUUCGAGAGACCAUAGAGCCAGCUGUUCGGGGAGCAAAUACCCACCUCGGCACCUUCAGUUUCACGAAGGUGGAUAUGGGCCAUCAGCCCCUUAGGGUCAAUGGUGUUAAGGUAUAUACUGAAAAUGUAGACAAAAGGCAAAUUAUCCUGGACCUUCAGGUUAGUUUUGUAGGAAAUUGUGAGGUUGAUCUGGAGAUCAAACGUUAUUUUUGUAGAGCUGGCGUGAAAAGUAUACAGAUCCAUGGGACAAUGCGGGUGAUCCUGGAGCCCCUGAUUGGAGACAUGCCUUUAGUCGGCGCUUUGUCCCUCUUCUUCCUUAGGAAACCACUUUUAGAGAUUAACUGGACGGGACUGACCAAUCUUCUGGACAUCCCUGGAUUGAAUGGCUUAUCUGAUACUAUCAUCUCGGAUAUAAUAUCAAACUAUCUGGUGCUUCCCAAUCGAAUCACUGUUCCCCUUGUCAGUGAAGUUCAAAUAGAUCAGUUGCGGUUUCCUAUACCAAAGGGUGUUCUGAGGAUACAUUUCAUUGAAGCUCAGGAUCUUCAGGGUAAAGAUACUUAUCUCAAGGGCCUGGUCAAGGGAAAAUCAGACCCCUAUGGAAUUAUCCGUGUGGGCAACCAAAUCUUCCAAAGCAAGGUCAUCAAAGAGAGCCUCAGUCCAAAGUGGAACGAGGUGUACGAGGCCUUAGUCUAUGAGCACCCCGGACAAGAAUUGGAAAUUGAGCUUUUUGAUGAAGAUCCAGACAAAGAUGACUUCUUAGGAAGUCUUAUGAUUGAUCUUACUGAAGUUGAAAAGGAGCGCCUUUUAGAUGAAUGGUUCACUCUGGAUGAGGUUCCCAGAGGAAAGCUCCACCUGAAGCUAGAGUGGCUCACCUUGCUGCCGGAUGCCUCACAUCUUGACAAGGUGCUGACAAACAUCAGAGCUGACAAAGAUCAAGCCAAUGAUGGUCUUUCUUCUGCACUGCUGAUCUUAUAUUUGGAUUCAGCAAGGAACCUUCCGAGUAUCUACGAGGGAAACUUUGGGUGUGGCUACUUAAAAGAGAGGCGAGCAUCGGGACUAGUAUUUUGUGAAAAUACUACCUCAGUCUAUAGAGCACUAUUUACUAACCCAUUAGACAUUAACCCCGGUGUCUUGAAGAAGGCUGCGAUUCAGAGAGCAUUCAAGUCAGGGAAGAAAAUAAACAGCAACCCAAAUCCUCUUGUCCAAAUGUCAGUUGGUCACAAGGCUCAGGAGAGUAAGAUUCGGUAUAAAACCAAUGAACCUGUGUGGGAGGAAAACUUCACCUUCUUCAUUCACAACCCCAAACGGCAAGAUCUUGAGGUUGAGGUCAAAGAUGAGCAGCACCAGUGCAGUCUGGGGAGCCUGAGGAUCUCACUCAGUCAGCUGCUGACGAGUGAGGACAUGACUGUGAACCAGCGCUUCCAACUCAGCAACUCAGGGCCCAACAGCACUUUGAAGAUGAAGAUUGCCCUCAGGGUGCUCCAUCUCGAAAUGCAAGAAAGGCCUCCAAACCACCAACAUUCAGCUCAAGUGAAACGACCCUCCAUUUCCAAAGAAGGGAGGAAAAUGCCUGUCAAGUCUCAGGUGUCUGCAUCUCCAGCCACCAGUGGCAGCAGCACAGCUCCUUCCACACCCAUCAUCGGGGCCAUAGAGAAGCCUGGUGCAGAAGAGAAGGCCCAGCCCUCAGAGGCCGGCCCUCCAGCCCAGCAUGACCUGGGCAGAGGCACCUCCAGCCUCCUGACCUCACCAAGCCACACCUCCAUCAAAGAGCCCACACCUAGUAUCGCCUCAGACAUAUCUCUGCCCAUUGCCACUCAGGAGCUGCGGCAGAGGCUGCGACAGCUUGAAAAUGGCACGAUGCUGGGGCAGUCUCCGCUGGGGCAGAUCCAGCUGACCAUCCGGCACAGCUCCCAGAGAAACAAGCUCAUCGUGGUGGUACACUCCUGCAGAAAUCUCAUCGCUUUCUCAGAAGAUGGCUCUGAUCCAUAUGUCCGCAUGUAUUUAUUGCCAGACAAGAGGAGGUCAGGGAGGAGGAAAACACACGUGUCAAAGAAGACUUUAAAUCCCGUGUUUGAUCAGAGCUUUGAUUUCAACGUGUCGCUCCCCGAGGUGCAGAAGAGAACACUAGAUGUAGCAGUGAAGAACAGUGGCGGCUUCCUGUCCAAAGACAAAGGGCUUCUCGGCAAAGUGCUGGUGGCUCUGGCUUCUGAAGAGCUCACCAAGGGCUGGACCCAGUGGUACGACCUCACAGAGGAUGGGAUGAGACCCCAGGUGGUGACGUAGCCAUGCUGGAUGCAAGGCAGCCUCCUCAGUGACCGCCUGCCCACCUCCACUCAGACACACCCUCUUGCAGACGUACCAAUGUUAUUUUUAUAAUUUCGUGUAUUUUGUUAUACAUACCAUAAUAAUUUUAUAGAAACUCUUGGCAUUUUAGGCAAAUUUGGCCAAUACUAUUGUUGACUUUUUAUGUUGAGUUUCCUCCAGGCUUGGCCAGCCUCUGUGUGUGCAACAGGGUGUGGUCAGCUGUGCCCACUGAGAGGCCAGCGCCUCAACUUGCGUUGCUGCCUUGUUUGUACAGCGCUGUGGUGCACCAUGCCAUGUAAAUAGACUAUUUUUUAAUAAUCUCUACAUGCUGGUUUUGAUUCCCAAAAAAAUGAAUCAAAGAAAUACAUAUUUUCUUCUAAAAUUUUAUUCAAUUCUUAUGGCAAAUAUUCAUUUUCAUCUUUCUAGCACAACAUUCUCAGUGACUUGUUUUGUGGUGUUUCUUUGUAAAAGAGAAAAGUGAAAAGUUUAGUAAAUAUUAUUUCUGCCCAUUAUGAAAAAGUGUUCAAAGUAUUAACAUUUUCAUAAAUAUAAAGGUGUAUCAUUGGGAAGUCAAGUAAAAGGCUUACAAGGAAACAUGCUGCAUAACUGAGUAAUAUAAAAUGUCCAGGGAGUUGUCAUGAUUCCUGAAUCAUGUGUGCUGCUUUGGAAUUUCUAACUUAAAAAAUAUGUUCUGUUUAUUCCAGUUGCUUGUUGUAACUCGUUCAUAAAGUAGUGAGAGACACACAUGUGAUGCUUCCAAAGCCAGGUACAGCCCUUCUGUGUUAGCAGUGAGCAGCUUUCACAAGCCUGCUUGGUUCCCUGUUUCCCAGCCUUUGAUGACAGAAAUGCACACUGUCAUUUUAAAAUGAGUUUUUUAAAGCAGUGAGGUCAAGAUACUGAGGUGAGCAGGGAGGGCAUUACCCUAAGAGCUGAUGGCUGCUCGCUCAUGGGGUCCCGUGAGCACUGGCUCCACAUCCCACACACAGAACCACUGACUCCCACCACCGCCACGCCAGUGGCAGGCCCGCCUUGGGCCCAGCUCUGUUCUGCCACCUAUGGAGCCUGCUGCUCCUCACUGUGUCCUGCAUUUCAUUUUAUGCCAUGACUGACUUUAUUAUCAGGGUAUUGUUACAUGGUUUUCGUUUUGGAGUCUUUUCUUUUUAGAUUAUUAAAAGCAUGUUUUAUACCCUUCAGUGUCACCAAAACCUCUUGUGAGGUAAGGCUGUGUAGCAGUGUCAUAAACUAUGCAUGUCUGUAAGUGAAAUAUGCACAGAAAGAGACUUCAAUAUACAUUUUAAGCUGCAGUAUGAGAGGGGGCUUUCUUAGCCAUUAGAACCUGUGCAACACAUACACAUGUUUGGGGAAAUACAGUUUUGUAACUAAAGCUGAAUGGCAGUGGGUAGCUCCUGUGACCACACAUACCAAAGUGCCUGUGGCAAGCACUGAUUAUUACUUCCACAUGCUCCUCCCGUCGAGCACAUUAUAUUUCACUUACAAUUAUGCUGUGUGUCGUGGAUUUAUUUAUAAUAAUAUCUAUGGCUUCACAGCAUGUUGCACAUAAUCAUAACGACCAAUAUGAUCUCACUGUCUCCUGUCUGUGGACACUUCUCCGAAAUCUCUCUUUAAGUCAUUUCCAAUCAGUAUACAAGAUGGUUUAUUCUGGGAGGAAUUUAUAAAUGUGCCAUGCACACAUGAACAUAUAUGCACAUAAAACAUUUAGCUGGAGAAAAGUAGUGUCCUUAAAUCUAGGUGCUUAUCCGUGGUAUUCAUUUUUUUAAUUAAAAAAAAAAUAGGUCUAUUGAAGGGCUUCUGCCAAUGUCUGUAAAAGAGAAGAAAUAGUUCUUGAAAUUUUAUCAUGCCAAUAAUUUUUCCAACACCCUAAACAUCUGGAGUUGACACCCAGACACACGGUCUGCUCAGUGUAUACUUUACUUACUGCGGUGCUUUAUAAGUUAAACGGUUAGGCACAGUGGACACAAUUCAGGGUGCAGAGCUCAUAGUGAGCUGACCUCAGUGCAGUGAGGCCAGCAGAUUGUCAGCAAGGAUCUGGGCACAAGGUCCUCACUUGCAGACACUUCAGUCCUCUAUAGCUGCUUCCAUUCUCUUACAAAGGAAGAAAGAGAGUCCUGGUCCUGUCUGAACUAUGUAGGGGAAGGCUACAAGUUACCUUCAAGGUGUGCUCAGCAUUCCAGAGGCUUGGUAAUGGAAGAUGCCUUGCUUUGUUCUCAAAAUUUACUUUUAGUUUUAAAAAUGGAUUGUCUAGAAAAAGGGAACUUACUUUUCUACUUUGAGCCAAAACCAGUGGAGGGAAAAUUAGCAUAGGUGAACUUGAGGUGAAGCUCUGUUAGCUUGUACAUGUGGGUUGCUUAUCCUGUGCCUUAAAGUCCAAAGGUGGUGUUUUCGGGUUUCAGACUAAAACAGAAGAAGCCUUAUGACUGUCUUUACCACCAUUCACAGGUAUUCUUUAUCCAGAGGUCAGUCCUGUCAAGAACUCAGGCAGGUGCAGGCAGCGUGGACAGUGUACAUUUGGUUUCUGUUGCUGCAUUCACUCUAGUUCCAGCCGUUUGCCCCCUGAAAGAUUCGGGCAGCAGAGAAUUUCAAUCCCAGAAUGUCCUUUUGCUUAGCUAACUUUACAUGGCAGUGCAUGUAUUUAUUCAAUAAAACUUUUACAUUA